AUGGCGCGUUCAAAGGCUGCUGCACCCAACGUUGGGCGUCUCUCCCGUUCUCAGGUCGCUGAGAAGCGAGGUCUCUACAAGGGGAAGAAGACCUCGACCACCGCUCCCAAGGCGGAGGAGCCCACCACCACCGAGAAGCCAAUUGGAGGAAAGGGGAACGGGGAGAAGCGAUUGGUGUCUAACGCCAAGGCGUCAAAGUACUACCCCGCUGAGGACGUUCGUCGGCCCAAGGUCUCGCGCAAAUCCCCCGGCAAGACUGCCCUCCGCUCCAGCAUCACUCCCGGUACCGUCCUCAUCCUCCUCGCCGGUCGCUUCAGCGGCAAGCGUGUCGUCUUCCUGAAGCAACUCGACUCGGGUCUUUUGCUCGUCACCGGUCCGUUCAAGCUCAACGGCGUUCCCCUCCGCCGAGUCAGCCAGGCCUACGUUAUCGCUACCUCCACCAAGGUCGAGCUCAGCGGCCUCUCCAUUCCCGAGUCGGUCAACGACGCCUACUUUGCCAAGGCCAAGUCGGCCAAGUCGUCGAAGGAGGGAGAGUUCUUUGGGGAGGGCAAGGAGAAGAAGGCGUUCCCAGAGGAGAAGAAGUCAGAGCAGAAGUCGGUGGAUGCUCCCCUUCUUUCGGCCAUCAAAAAGGUCGACCACCUGAGCAAGUACCUCAAGGCCACUUGGGGUCUUUCGAAGGGCGACCGGUUCCACGAGCUCAAGUUCUAG